AUGGCGGAUUCUCCUAACGAAGAAAGGGACUCACGAUCUCCUUCACCCCGGAAUGAACAACGAAGAUCUAGGUCCAGGUCUAUAGCGAGAGAUAGGUCUAGGUCAAGAUCUUUGCCAAGGCAUAUAUCUCCAUCAAGAACCCGUGGGAGGUCUAGGUCAAGAAGCCGUGGAAGGUCCGAAAUCGAAAAUCCUGGUACCACGCUCUAUGUGACUGGCCUAUCCACAAGAGUCACAGAGAAGGAUCUUGAAGCACAUUUCUCCAAGGAAGGAAAGGUUGCGUCCUGCGUUCUAGUGUUGGAGCCGCGCACUCGUGAGUCUCGCGGUUUUGCCUUUAUCACGAUGGAUAGUGUUAAAGACGCUGACCGGUGCAUUAAGUAUCUCAACCAAUCUGUACUAGAAGGCCGAUACAUAAAAGUCGAAAGGUCCCGAAGAAAGCGCCCGAGAACUCCAACCCCAGGCCACUAUCUUGGCUUGAAAAACCCCAGAGACAAUGACCGAGAUAGCCGUAGCAGUCGAGGGAGGCAUUAUGAUCGUGAUGAUUCUGGAUACCGUAGGUCACCGAGACGUGACGUUUCACCUCGUGAUCAUGGAAGGAGGUCACCUCGUGCUGGAAGAAGCUCUAGAAGAGAUAGGUCUUACUCUCCUCGUGGAAGAAGCCCAGAGAGAAGGUAUCAACCCCUUUUGUACUGUAUUGUGCUUGAUUACUGCAACAGGGUCACACCAUCUCCUCCACCACGAAAAGCACAACUCAGGUCCUUGAUAAUCAGACCCAAAUCCAGGUCCAUGUCGAGGGAUAGGUCUCGGUCAAGAUCUUUGCCAAGGCCUAUAUCUCCAUCAAGAAGCCGUGGGAGGUUAGUUAUUGCGUUAAGUUUAUGGGUUUGUUAUGUCACUAUAACUUGGAAGCCGUCUGAAAUUGAAAACCCUGGUACCACUCUCUUUGUGACCGGCUUAUCCACAAGAGUUACAGAAAAGGAUCUUGAAGCACAUUUCUCCGAAGAAGGAAAGGUUGCGUCCUGCGUUUUAGUGGUGGAGCCGCAGACCCGUGAGUCUCGUGGUUAUGCCUUUGUUACAAUGGAUAGUCUUGAAGAUGCUGAGCGUUGCAUUAAGUAUCUCAACAAAACUGUAUUAGAUGGCAUAAAAAUAACUGUCAAAAAGUCUCGACGGAAGCUCCCGAGAACUCCCACCCCAGGCUACUAUCUUGGCUUGAACUCCAAAGACAAUGAAAAAGACCGAGAUGGAGGAUGGAAGCACGACCGUUGGUCACCAAAACGCCACGAUUCACCUCGUGAUGGAAGGGAGUCACCAAGAGACGACCAUUCACCUCGUGGUGGUAGGAGCCCAGAGCAAAGGGGCUUAACCUCUCCUGCACCCGGAAAAGAACAGCCCAGGUCUGAAUCCAGACCAAGGUCCAGGUCCGAAUCCAGACCUAGAUCUAGGUCAAGAUCUUUGACAAAGUCUAUAUCUCCAGCAAGCCGUUUAAGGGCUGAGGAUGAAGCAAGUGUCUGGGGCGACCUACCCCCAAUAGUUCCGGACAAGGAACUUGAAUGGAAACCAGAGGUCUUACCAAUGCGCGACCAUCAUUCAUCUCGUGGUCGAAAAGAUCCGAGAGAGUAGAUACCAGAUGUGUAUAUACAUUACCAUACAGGAGAUACCUAUUGUCACGUACUAACAUCAGAGUAACUCCUCUUGCAUAUAGCCAUAUUCAUUUGUGAUGUUAUCUUUACGAUUCAAAUAGUUAUUGUGGAU